ACGUUUGAAUUUGGCUAUAUAUUUGACGCAUAUCGAGAGUAUCCGAUCAGAUCUUGUAUCAUUUGGGAUCGAAGGCUUUUCGACAAAUUUUGUUCCUCUGAUUAAGGUGUUAUUUCUAUAAGUGUGACGUCGUGUGAUCCAAGAAUGUUGGUCUUUCUUAUCAUGUUGCUUGUUUCUUCAACCAUUCAACGCACAGAUGCAGUAUGUCCCAGUGGAUGGGAUAGCAUUGGUCAAGGAUGCUACAAGCACUUGGACGAUGAAUGGAUUACAUAUUCCGAAGCGGUUUCAGGAUGUAACUCGAUUGGUGGGACACUCUACGUUCCCAAUAGUAACGAUGAGCAUUAUGCUGUCAUCAGUAGAUACUCCCCUUACUCUCACUGGGUUGGAUGUACGUAUGAAGCUAUGGAGGGUACCUUCCCAUGUGCAGACGGCACACAGUUAGAUGCCAAUAGUAGUUGGUGGUCAAGCAACACCUCUCCCGCCAGUAGCACCUACAACUGCGUCUUAUAUUAUUACUCCUCCUCCUCCUCCUCCUCUGUUAAACCGAUGGCCCCCAUCAAGUCUGCCAGCUACUUCUCCGUUGCUAAGGACGACGGGGGACGCCCUCUCAUUGGCCACUGUCUAACUGAUCACGUGAUAAAGACAGUGCCAGCGAGAACCAAGCUGCGUUGCGCCGCAGAAUGCAUUCAUGAAGUUGGUUGCAAGUCCAUCAAUUACAAAGACGGAGUAUGCGAGCUGAAUGAAGAAACAAGAGCAAGCGUUCUUUCUAGCUACUUCUCCCAAAAUGAUGGAUGCAGUUACUAUGAGUUGAUCUGA